CGAAUUCUCUAAACCAUAUAUUAAAACUAGCUGCAUGUAGCCAUGCAUGGACUUCUUACAGUGUGAUGCAAGAAAUGAGGUGCCAAGCUGGAGCACUCGCACGUGGAAACAGCGCGGGCGCGGCACAACACUCAUAUUAUCAAAAACCCAAAAUGGGAAUUGUCGGGUUCGAAAUCCAAUCCUCCGCCACCGUUUCUUCAGUAUUCUCUUCAUACACAAUCAUGCUCAUCAGGAAAGCCAUCCCAAAAUCUGCUGCCACCGCCGCCCCUUCACUUCAACUAGCCUCAGCCUUCACAGCCGGCAGAAUGCUGCCGCUCUGCUGCGAGAAGAAGCCGAAUCUCUUUUGUUCCUUUGUAGCCCGCUCGAUGGUCAACGGGCAGUAUCCUACUCCACCGGAGGUUCCGGGCCCAAGCACUCCGUCGGAGAUCCCUACAAAGAGGACCGAUUACCCGACUCCUCUGAUUCAGCCGGAAGUGCCGGGACUUCCAACUGGCCCAGAAAUAGAGAUAGAUCCGGGUAGGGAACUGCCGAUGCAGCCACCGGGGAUCCCCGAGGUGCCUAACCCUUUUCCUCGGAGGGGACCUGAGAUUCCGGUCCCUCCCAUGCCUUCCCCGCCGCCGGAUGUUCCCUUUCCGAGGCCGCCUGAUAAGCCGCCGUCGCCGCCACGAGUGCCUCCCGAUCCGGAUAUUUUGCCACCGAGCAUGCCUCCGGAAAUUCCGCCCUCGGCUCCCGAUCCGGAUAUUUUACCACCAACUACUCCUCCGGAUAUUAAGCCGCCGCCUGGACCUUCUGUUUUGUUUUGAUUUCUUAGUUAGUAUGAAGGAAUCAUCGUUGUGAGAAGGCAGAUUAAUCCUCUGGAGUUGGGUUUUAUAUGCACUUUUUAUUCUAUCUUUAUGAAAUGUACCACAGGCAUGUAUAGUUUAAUUACCAGCUAAUAUUGCUGGUUGAUGCUACUAGCUACCUUACCUAGCAUGAAGUGUUCUAUUCUUCAUGAAAAAAAAGCAUGCAAGUGU